CGGCGCCCCGCUCGGCUGUGGGCGCUGCUGGUGCUCUGGCUGUGUCGCGCGGGCCCCGCGCGUGCAUUGCAGUGUCGGGAUGGAUAUGAGCCCUGCGUAAAUGAAGGGAUGUGUGUUACCUACCACAAUGGCACGGGUUACUGCAAAUGUCCAGAGGGCUUCUUGGGGGAAUAUUGUCAACACCGAGACCCGUGUGAGAAGAACCGCUGCCAGAAUGGUGGGACCUGUGUGGCCCAGGCCAUGUUGGGGAAAGCCACAUGCCGAUGUGCCCCAGGGUUCACAGGCGAGGACUGCCAGUACUCUACCUCUCACCCCUGCUUUGUGUCUCGCCCCUGCCUGAAUGGAGGCACCUGCCACAAGCUCAGCCGGGACACCUAUGAGUGCACGUGCCAAGUUGGUUUUACAGGUAAACUGUGCCAAUGGACUGAUGCCUGCCUGUCUCAUCCCUGUGCAAACGGAAGUACCUGUACCACGGUGGCAAAUCAGUUCUCCUGCAAAUGCUUGGCAGGCUUCACAGGACAGAAGUGUGAGACUGAUGUCAAUGAGUGUGACAUUCCAGGACGCUGCCAGCAUGGUGGCACCUGCCUCAACCUACCUGGUUCCUACCAGUGCCAGUGCCCCCAGGGCUUCACAGGCCAGCACUGUGACAGUCCCUAUGUGCCCUGCGCGCCCUCCCCGUGUGUCAAUGGAGGCACCUGCCGGCAGACUGGUGACUUCACUUUUGAGUGCAACUGCCUUCCAGGUUUUGAAGGGAGCACCUGUGAGCAGAAUAUCGACGACUGCCCUAACCACAAGUGUCAGAAUGGAGGGGUUUGUGUGGAUGGCGUCAAUACCUACAACUGCCGCUGUCCCCCUCAGUGGACAGGACAGUUCUGCACAGAAGAUGUGGAUGAGUGUCUGUUACAACCCAAUGCCUGCCAGAACGGGGGCACCUGUACCAACCGCAAUGGUGGCUACGGCUGUGUGUGUGUUAAUGGCUGGAGUGGAGAUGACUGCAGUGAGAACAUCGAUGACUGCGCCUUCGCCUCCUGCACCCCAGGCUCCACCUGCAUUGACCGCGUGGCCUCCUUCUCUUGCCUGUGUCCAGAGGGAAAGGCAGGUCUGUUAUGUCAUCUGGAUGAUGCAUGCAUCAGCAAUCCUUGCCACAAGGGGGCGCUGUGUGACACCAACCCCCUGAAUGGGCAGUAUAUUUGCACCUGCCCACAGGGGUACAAAGGGGCUGACUGCACAGAAGAUGUGGAUGAGUGUGCCAUGGCCAAUAGCAAUCCUUGUGAGCAUGCAGGAAAAUGUGUGAACACAGACGGCGCCUUCCACUGCGAGUGUCUGAAGGGCUAUGCAGGGCCUCGCUGUGAGAUGGACAUCAAUGAGUGCCAUUCGGACCCCUGCCAGAACGAUGCCACCUGCCUGGAUAAGAUCGGAGGCUUCACAUGUCUGUGCAUGCCAGGUUUCAAAGGUGUGCAUUGUGAAUUGGAGAUAAAUGAAUGUCAGAGCAACCCUUGUGUGAACAAUGGACAGUGUGUGGAUAAAGUCAACCGCUUCCAGUGUCUGUGUCCACCUGGUUUUACUGGACCAGUUUGCCAAAUUGAUAUUGACGAUUGUUCCAGUACUCCAUGCCUGAAUGGGGCAAAGUGUAUUGAUCACCCGAAUGGCUAUGAGUGUCAGUGUGCCACAGGUUUCACUGGUGUGUUGUGUGAGGAGAACAUCGACAACUGUGACCCUGAUCCUUGUCACCACGGUCAGUGCCAGGAUGGAAUCGAUUCCUACACCUGCAUCUGCAAUCCCGGUUACAUGGGCGCCAUCUGCAGCGAUCAGAUUGAUGAAUGUUAUAGCAGCCCUUGCUUGAACGAGGGUCGCUGCAUCGACCUGGUGAAUGGCUACCAGUGCAACUGCCAGCCAGGCACGUCAGGAGUUAACUGUGAAAUUAAUUUUGAUGACUGUGCAAGUAACCCUUGUGCCCAUGGGGUCUGUAUGGACGGCAUCAAUCGUUACAGCUGUGUCUGCUCGCCAGGAUUCACAGGACAGAGAUGUAACAUUGACAUUGACGAGUGUGCCUCCAAUCCCUGUCGCAAGGGUGCAACAUGUAUCAAUGAUGUGAACGGUUUCCGCUGUAUAUGCCCCGAGGGGCCCCAUCACCCCAGCUGUUACUCACAGGUGAACGAGUGUCUGAGCAAUCCCUGCAUCCAUGGCAACUGUACUGGGGGUCUCAGUGGAUAUAAGUGCCUCUGUGAUGCAGGCUGGGUUGGCACCAACUGUGAAGUGGACAAGAAUGAAUGUCUUUCUAACCCAUGUCAGAAUGGAGGAACCUGUGACAAUCUGGUGAAUGGAUACAGGUGUACUUGCAGGAAGGGCUUUAAAGGCUAUAACUGCCAGGUGAAUAUUGAUGAAUGUGCUUCAAAUCCGUGCCUGAACCAGGGAACCUGCUUUGAUGACAUAAGUGGCUACACUUGCCACUGUGCCCUGCCAUACACAGGCAAGAAUUGUCAGACCAUAUUGGCUCCCUGUUCCCCAAACCCUUGUGAGAAUGCUGCUGUUUGCAAAGAGGCACCGAAUUUUGAGAGUUAUACCUGCUUGUGUGCUCCUGGCUGGCAAGGCCAGCGGUGUACAGUCGACAUUGACGAGUGUGUCUCCAAGCCCUGCAUGAACCAUGGUGUAUGCCAUAACACCCAGGGCAGCUACAUGUGUGAGUGUCCUCCAGGCUUCAGUGGUAUGGACUGUGAGGAAGACAUCGACGACUGCCUGGCCAAUCCUUGCCAGAAUGGAGGUUCCUGUAUGGAUGGAGUGAAUACUUUCUCUUGCCUCUGCCUCUCGGGCUUCCAUGGAGAUAAGUGCCAAACAGACAUGAAUGAGUGUCUGAGUGAACCCUGUAAGAAUGGAGGGACCUGCUCCGACUAUGUCAACAGCUACACUUGCAAGUGCCCAGUGGGAUUUGAUGGAGUCCACUGUGAGAACAACAUUGACGAGUGCACCGAGAGCUCCUGUUUUAAUGGUGGCACCUGUGUGGAUGGGAUUAAUUCCUUCUCUUGCUUGUGCCCUAUGGGCUUCACUGGUCCCUUCUGCCUCCACAAGAUCAAUGAAUGCAACUCUCAUCCAUGCCUAAAUGAGGGGACGUGUGUUGAUGGCCUUGGUACCUACCGCUGCAUCUGCCCCUUGGGCUACACUGGAAAAAAUUGUCAGACGCUGGUGAACCUCUGCAGUCGGUCUCCAUGUAAAAACAAAGGUACUUGUGUUCAGGAAAAAGCAGAGUCCCGGUGCCUGUGUCCCUCUGGAUGGGCUGGUGCUUACUGUGAUGUGCCCAGUGUCUCUUGUGAGGUGGCGGCUUCCCGCAGAGGCGUGCCCGUUGACCGCUUGUGCCAGCACUCAGGCAUCUGCAUCAGCGCUGGCAGCACGCAUCACUGCCAGUGCCCUCUGGGCUACACCGGCAGCUACUGCGAGGAGCAGCUCGAUGAGUGUGCAUCCAACCCCUGCCAGCACGGGGCCACCUGCAGCGACUUCAUUGGUGGAUACAGGUGUGAGUGUGUCCCAGGAUAUCAGGGUGUCAACUGUGAGUAUGAAGUGGACGAGUGCCAGAAUCAGCCCUGCCAGCACGGGGGCACCUGUGUCGACCUGGUGAACCACUUCAAGUGCUCCUGCCCACCAGGCACUCGGGGACUACUCUGUGAAGAGAACAUCGAUGACUGUGCUGGGGGUCCACAUUGCCUUAAUGGUGGUCAAUGCGUGGAUAGAAUUGGGGGCUACACUUGUCGCUGUUUGCCUGGCUUUGCUGGGGAGCGGUGUGAAGGAGACAUCAAUGAGUGCCUCUCCAACCCCUGCAGCUCUGAGGGCAGUCUGGACUGCAUACAGCUUACCAACGACUACCUGUGUGUCUGCCGCAGUGCCUUCACUGGCCGUCACUGUGAAACGUUCGUGGAUGUGUGUCCCCAGAUGCCUUGCCUGAAUGGAGGGACUUGUGCUGUGGCCAGCAACAUGCCCGAUGGUUUCAUUUGUCGUUGUCCUCCGGGAUUCUCUGGGGCAAGAUGCCAGAGCAGCUGUGGACAAGUGAAGUGCAGGAGAGGGGAGCGCUGUGUGCAUACUCCCUCGGGACCCCGCUGCUUCUGCCCCAAUCCUCAGGACUGCGAAUCAGGCUGUGCCAGUAGCCCCUGCCAGCAUGGUGGUAGCUGCCACCCUCAGCGUCAGCCUCCUUACUACUCCUGCCAGUGCUCCCCACCUUUUGGGGGCAGCCACUGUGAAUUCUACACACCCCCUAGUACCCCUCCUGCCACCUGUCUGAGCCAGUAUUGUGCUGACAAAGCUCGGGAUGGCGUCUGCGAUGAUGCCUGCAACAGCCACGCCUGCCAGUGGGAUGGGGGCGACUGUUCUCUCACCAUGGAGAACCCCUGGGCCAACUGCUCCUCCCCACUUCCCUGCUGGGAUUAUAUCAACAACCAGUGUGAUGAGCUGUGCAACACGGCCGAGUGCCUUUUUGACAACUUCGAAUGCCAAGGAACUAGCAAGACAUGCAAGUAUGACAAAUACUGUGCAGACCACUUCAAAGACAACCACUGUGACCAGGGAUGCAACAGUGAGGAGUGUGGCUGGGAUGGGCUGGACUGUGCUGCUGACCAGCCUGAGAACCUGGCAGAGGGCACCUUGGUUAUCGUGGUGCUGAUGCCACCUGAACAACUGCUCCAGGACGCUCGCAGUUUCUUGCGGGCACUGGGUACCCUGCUCCACACCAACCUACGCAUCAAGCGGGACCCCCAAGGGGACCUCAUGGUGUACCCCUAUUAUAGUGAAACAUCAGCUGCCAUGAAGAGGCGGAAGAUGGCACGCAGGUCCCUUCCUGGUGAACAAGAACGGGAGGUGGAUGGCUCAAAGGUAUUUCUGGAAAUUGACAACCGCCAGUGUGUUCAAGACUCAGACCAGUGCUUCAAGAACACAGAUGCCGCAGCAGCUCUUCUGGCCUCCCACGCCAUCCAGGGGACCCUGUCGUACCCUCUUGUGUCUGUCAUUAGUGACUCCCUGGCUCCAAAGCGCACUCAGCUUCUCUAUCUACUUGCUGUUGCUGUUGUCAUUAUCCUGUUUAUCAUCCUGCUUGGGGUGAUCAUGGCAAAACGAAAGCGUAAACAUGGCUCCCUCUGGCUGCCUGAAGGUUUCACCCUUCGCCGAGACUCCAGCAAUCAUAAGCGUCGUGAGCCAGUGGGACAGGAUGCCGUGGGGCUGAAAAAUCUCUCAGUGCAAGUCUCAGAGGCUAACCUAAUUGGUUCUGGAACAAGUGAACACUGGGUUGAUGAUGAAGGUCCCCAGCCAAAGAAAGCCAAGGCCGAAGAUGAGGCUUUGCUGUCAGAAGAAGAUGACCCCAUUGACCGGCGCCCAUGGACACAGCAGCACCUCGAAGCUGCAGACAUCCGCAGGACACCAUCGUUGGCUCUUACUCCUCCUCAGGCAGAGCAGGAGGUGGAUGUGCUGGAUGUGAAUGUCCGGGGCCCAGAUGGGUGCACUCCACUGAUGCUGGCUUCUCUCCGAGGGGGCAGCUCAGAUAUGAGUGAUGAAGAUGAAGACGCAGAGGACUCCUCUGCCAACAUCAUCACAGACUUGGUCUACCAGGGCGCCAGCCUCCAGGCCCAGACAGAUCGGACCGGUGAAAUGGCCCUGCACCUCGCAGCCCGGUACUCCAGGGCUGAUGCCGCCAAGCGUCUCUUGGAUGCAGGCGCAGAUGCCAAUGCCCAGGACAACAUGGGCCGCUGCCCUCUCCAUGCUGCAGUGGCAGCUGAUGCCCAAGGUGUUUUCCAGAUUCUGAUCCGCAACCGAGUAACUGAUUUAGAUGCCAGGAUGAAUGAUGGCACCACGCCCCUGAUCCUGGCUGCCCGGCUGGCUGUGGAGGGAAUGGUGGCAGAACUGAUCAAUUGCCAAGCAGAUGUGAAUGCCGUGGAUGACCAUGGAAAAUCUGCUCUUCACUGGGCAGCUGCUGUGAACAACGUGGAGGCAACUGUUUUGCUGUUGAAGAAUGGGGCCAACCGAGACAUGCAAGACAACAAGGAAGAGACACCUCUUUUUCUUGCCGCCCGAGAGGGGAGCUAUGAAGCAGCCAAGAUCCUGUUAGAUCAUUUCGCCAACCGAGACAUCACAGACCACAUGGAUCGUCUUCCCCGGGACGUGGCUCGGGAUCGCAUGCACCAUGACAUCGUGCGCCUGCUGGAUGAAUACAAUGUGACUCCUAGCCCUCCAGGCACGGUGCUCGCUUCCGCUCUCUCUCCUGUCAUCUGCGGGCCCAACAGGUCCUUCCUCAGUCUGAAGCACACCCCAAUGGGCAAGAAGCCCAGGAGGCCAAAUGCCAAGAGCACCAUGCCCACUAGCCUCCCUAACCUUGCCAAGGAGGCCAAAGAUGCCAAGGGUAGUAGGAGGAAGAAGUCUCUGAGCGAGAAGGUCCAACUCUCUGAAAGCUCAGUGACCUUAUCACCUGUUGAUUCUCUAGAGUCUCCUCACACCUAUGUUUCUGACACCACGUCUUCUCCCAUGAUCACCUCCCCUGGAGUCCUACAGGCUUCCCCCAACCCUCUGCUGGCCCCUGCUGCCCCCGCUGCCCCAGUUCAUGCCCAGCAUGCACUGUCUUUCUCUAACCUUCAUGAAAUGCAGCCUUUGGCUCAUGGAGCCAACACUGUGCUCCCCUCGGUGAGCCAGCUGCUGUCCCAUCACCACAUUGUCCCCCCAGGCAGUGGCAGUGCUGGGAGCUUGGGUCGGCUACACCCAGUCAGCGUCCAAGCAGAUUGGAUGAACCGCAUGGAGAUCAAUGAGACCCAGUACAAUGACAUGUUUGGUAUGGUCCUGGCUCCAGCUGAGGGCACCCACCCUGGCAUGGCGCCCCAGAGCAGGCCACCUGAAGGGAAGCACUUAACCACCCCGCGGGAGCCUUUGCCCCCCAUUGUGACUUUCCAGCUCAUCCCCAAAGGCAGUAUUGCCCAGCCAACUGGGGCUCCCCAGCCUCAGUCCAACUGCCCUCCAGCUGUGGCAGGCUCCCUGUCCACCAUGUACCAGAUUCCAGAAAUGGCCCGUUUGCCUAGCGUGGCUUUCCCCACUGCCAUGAUGCCCCAGCAGGAUGGGCAGGUAGCUCAGACCAUUCUCCCAACCUAUCAUCCUUUCCCAGCCUCUGUGGGCAAGUACCCUACACCCCCCUCACAGCAUAGCUAUGCUUCUUCAAAUGCUGCUGAGCGAACGCCCAGUCAUAGCGGCCACCUGCAGGGUGAGCAUCCCUACCUAACACCAUCCCCAGAGUCUCCGGACCAGUGGUCAAGCUCAUCACCCCACUCUGCUUCUGACUGGUCCGAUGUCACUACCAGCCCUACCCCCGGGGGUGCUGGCGGUGGUCAGCGGGGACCUGGGACACACAUGUCUGAGCCGCCACACAGCAACAUGCAGGUUUACGCGUGACAGAGUCUGCCUGCAGCUUAGGGACAGAACUGCCUCUCGUAAAUGCUGCUGAGGAUCAAAUGAAGGUCAUCCAGGAGAGAAAUGAAGAAAUCUCUGGAAUCAGCUUCUGAAGGCAGGAGAGAGAAGAUGUUCUUAUCUUUCGGAUCAUGCAAGAGAAGCAAUUUUGUCAGCUUUACUGGGUAUCUGAAGGUUAUUUUCUGUGGGGGUAGGGAACAUGGCUCCUUCUAACCUCUCAGCCAAGCAGAGUUCAUGAAGUGCAAGAUGAAUCCAAGCCUUGGGCCAUGUUUGGUCUCUUCGGUUUGGAGGAUAAGAAGGAUGCCUGUUGUAACCCAGACAUUCUUGCAACUCGAACUGCAUGUUAAGCCCUGGGGGCUUCUGGCAUAUCCACGAGAAGAUUCUACAGUAGAGUCCUUUUGGGAAUUGUGCCCUGGAAUUCUGCCCGAGUUGAUCUAAUCUUCUCGUCCUUGGAAACUUUUUUGACUUCAUUUGGUGCUUUCAUUU